CGCCAAGGCCGGAGGCAGCAGCAGGAUGAGCAGUCUCUGAGCUUGUAAGCAAACACGUGCUUGCGUGCCGGGCCGCCCUCGCUCCACCCCGGCCGGCAUAUAUCCGCAUAUAUCCGCCCCGUGCCGGGCGCGGCCGGAGCGGCCAGGCAUGGCGGGUGCCGCGGCGCGGCUGUGCCAGGAGCGGGCGGCGGCGGGCGGGCUGGGCUCCCGCGGCAACGCCACCCGCUACCUCAGCCAGGACUACGAGGCCCUGAAGCAGCGGUGCCUGCAGGCCGGCGCGCUCUUCAAGGACGACGAGUUCCCGGCCUGCCCCUCCGCGCUGGGCUACGCCGACCUGGGGCCCUACUCCUCCAAAACCCAGGGGAUCACCUGGAAGCGCCCCGCGGAGCUAUGCACCAACCCCCAGUUUAUAGUUGGAGGAGCUACUCGGACAGACAUCUGCCAGGGAGCCCUGGGUGACUGCUGGCUCCUAGCCGCCAUUGCGUCUCUCACUUUGAAUCCAGAUAUUCUGCACCGCGUUGUUCCCAAGGCUCAGAGUUUUCAAAAGGACUAUGCUGGGAUCUUUCAUUUCCAGUUCUGGCAGUACGGGGAGUGGGUGGAUGUGGUGGUUGACGACCGGCUGCCCACCAAGAACGGGGAGCUGCUCUUCGUCCACUCGGAGGAGGGCAGCGAGUUCUGGAGUGCCCUGCUGGAGAAGGCCUAUGCCAAGUUGAAUGGCUCUUACGAAGCUCUCACGGGAGGUUCCACUAUAGAAGCGUUUGAGGAUUUCACUGGAGGCAUCUCUGAGUCCUAUGAACUGAGGAAGGCUCCUUCAGACCUGUACCAAAUCAUCCAGAAGGCUCUGCGAGCUGGGUCGUUGCUGGGCUGCUCCAUCGAUAUAACUAGUGCAGCUGAAAUAGAAGCAAUCACAAGUCUGAAGCUGGUGAAGGGACACGCUUACUCUGUCACCGGAGCGGAAGAGGUAAAUUACCGAGGACGGCCAGAGAAACUAGUCAGGCUUAGAAAUCCCUGGGGUGAAGUGGAAUGGACUGGAGCUUGGAGUGAUAAUGCUCCUGAAUGGAAUUAUAUUGAUCGCAGACAAAAACAGGCUCUGGAUAAGCAAGUAGAUGACGGAGAGUUUUGGAUGGCGUUUUCAGAUUUUCAAAGGCAGUUCACCCGGCUCGAGAUCUGCAACCUGACUCCCGACACACUGACCAGCAACACAGUCAACAAGUGGGACCUGACCCUGUUUAAUGGACAGUGGAGACGGGGCUCCACUGCUGGGGGCUGCCAAAACUUCCCAGCAACGUACUGGACCAAUCCCCAGUUUAAAAUCCGGCUGGACGAACCAGAUGAUGACCAUGAAGGGAGCGUGAACAAGCCGUGCUGUACUCUGCUGGUGGGCUUGAUGCAGAAGAACCGCAGGAGACAGAAGAAAAUGGGGGAAGCUCUGCUUAGUAUUGGCUUUUCGCUCUAUCAGAUUCCUCCGGAGCUGGAAAAUACCACAGAUAUUCAUCUGAACCGCGAUUUCUUUGCAAGGAACCAACCAGCAGCCCGGUCUGGCACUUACAUCAACCUGCGCGAGGUCUCCAGCCGCAUGAAGCUGCCCCAGGGAGAGUACCUCAUCGUGCCCUCCACUUUUGAGCCUUACAAAAACGGGGAGUUCUGCCUUCGAGUUUUUUCGGAGAAACAGGCUAAGACUCAGGUGAUUGGUGAUGUGGUGGCUGCAAAACCGUAUGAGCCUCAUGUCGAUAACAAAGAUAUAGAUGAUGAGUUCAAGACUCUGUUUCACAAGCUUUCAGGAGAGGACUGUGAAGUGACUGCAACUGAGCUUCAAACCAUCCUGAACCGGGUUUUGGCAAAGCGAAGGGAUGUUAAAAGUGACGGAUUCAACAUUAACACUUGCAGGGAGAUGAUCAGCCUUUUAGAUACGAAUGGGACCGGCUCCUUGGGACUUAUAGAAUUCAAGACACUUUGGAUGAAGAUUCAGAAGUAUUUGCUGUGGAAGUCGAAGCCUGCCCGCCUGUGCUCACACAACCCCACUGCUGUGCAGGCCCACUUUCAAAAGCAGCUCCCAUACUCCCCCGUUCCUCUGCCACAGGCCAUCUAUAAGAAAGUGGACAGUGACUACUCCGGGACCAUGGACUCCCACGAGAUGCGGAAGGCCCUCAGCGAGGCAGGUUUCACUCUCAGCAAUCAAGUGCAGCAGAGCAUUGCCAUCCGCUACGCCUGCAGCAAGCUGACCAUCGAUUUCGACGGCUUCGUGGCCUGCAUGAUCCGCCUGGAGACCCUGUUCAAAGUGUUCCAGCUCCUAGACAAAGACAGGAGUGGAGUCAUCCAGCUCUCUUUGGCUGAGUGGCUGUGCUGCACACUGGUUUGAACCACUGUAGAUGAAUUCGGCAGAGACCUCUGCAGCUCUGACAACCGUGGAGUGACUUGUUUGGCUUCUCGCUAUCAAAGACAGCAGAGAGAGAAACCUUUUUUAAUUACUGGCAAGUUAUUUUAAGCCCAAUAAAAAAUGAAAUGAUCUCCUGUCGGUUAGAA